CGAACACCAAGAUUUAACGUGGAAACCCCAAAUCGGGAAAAAACCACGAAGCCUUCCACUAAUCACCAAGAAAAUCAGUGGGUACACCAAGAAUCUUCUCUAAAUCAAUUAGAGGUACACACAAUCAUCAAGUAAUAACUUGGAACACCAAACAACAAUAAUCUUCACUAAAGAGUGAGAAAUCCCCAAUAAAAACGCAACAACAAACAGAGGCAGUUUUACCGACAUCGAGAGGUCAAAACAACAAUCCCACCGUUGGAUAUGAAGAAGAGGAUGUGAGGAACAACAUACUAAAAUUUCAUCCCAAUCGGAGCUCGUUUGGUCAUCGAUCGGAGCACAAAACAAGGCUGCACCUCUUCUUUUCUUCCUUCUUCCUUCUCUCGGCUCUCACCCCAUUUCUUCUCUGUUUUGCUGCUGUCCUUUCUGCCGAUGCGCAAAAAAUAAAACAAGAAAAUCUUUUUGGGAUGGAGGGAGUAUAUACUCCCUCACGAAAAAGAAGUCUCUCUCCUCCGGAUCAGGAACAAUCAGGCUCUAUAAAAAGACAACCUGCGAGCCCUCAAACAACUUCAUCGUCCCACGAGCUCUAAGCUCACACUCUCUCUCCUCUCCAAUCCCCCAAAAGAAGAAACCCACCCACCAUGGCCAUGGCUUUCAAGAUGGCGACUACAGGGAUGUGCUUAACGGAUGAGUGCAAGAACUCGUUCAUGGAGAUGAAGUGGAAGAAGGUGCACAAGUACAUAGUUUUCAAGAUCGAGGAGAAGUCCCGGCAGGUCACCGUCGACAAGGUCGGCGGUGCCGGCGAGAGCUACGACGAUCUGGCGGCCUCCCUGCCGAAAGACGACUGCCGGUACGCCGUCUUCGACUUCGACUUUGUCACCGUGGACAACUGCCGGAAGAGCAAGAUCUUCUUCAUUGCCUGGGCGCCGGCGGGAUCGCGGAUCAGGGCGAAGAUGCUGUAUGCGACGUCCAAGGACGGGCUCCGGAGGGCGCUCGACGGGAUCCACUAUGAAGUUCAGGCGACCGACGAGGCGGAGAUGGGCAUGGAUGUGAUUCAGGACAGGGUCAAGUAGAUUUUGAUUCUUCAUCCAUUGAAUUAGCAGCUAAUGGGGAAAAAUGGUCUAAUCUUGUUUUUGGCAUCUCUAGGGAUAAUGAUCAUCAAAUACAAUCUCACUUUUAUUAAUUUUCAUUCACGGCCAUUAAUAAAACAUUAUAUUAUUAUGAGUGGGAAAAGUAUAAUUUUUAUUUAAUAAAUGAUUAAAUUUUACCUAAUUUA